UCUUCCAGCUUUAUUCUGAAUGAUUGAUCUUUGUCUUCUCAUCUUUUGUGGGAGAUGAAUGCUUUAUAUUCAGCAUUAACAGCCUUUAUCAUGGCAUCGCUAACGGGUUAACAGACGGCAAGAAGUUCCUUGCCUAAUUCAAACUUUUCCCACCCCCCAUCUUGUAUUCUGAAAAAUCUAACACAAGUGAAGAAAAAAGGACAACCUUGCAGGCAAAACAGGCCAUUUCUCGGUCAAAUAGCUCUGUGCGAUUUAAAGGACCGCGGGAAUCGGGCUCCCAGAAUCUGUAGCUUUAAGCGACCUAGCCUUCCCCAAUUACGGUCUUCCAGAUGUAUUAGAAUCUGGCUAGAAAUUUGGGAUCUGCUAUUUCGACGCAUGUAAGGUCGUCAGAUUGAAAAAGGAAUGCAGUGAGCUGCCUUUUGCUCUUUUUGUGACAGCGUAUUGGAACGCCCUGAGCACGUUUGAAAGUUUACCUAACUUUUCACCAUCAAAGAAAGAACCGAGUUUGAAAGAACUUGUGACUGCGUUCUUCUCUAAUAGUUUCCGAUCAUUCUGGCAAAAAAAAAACCAAAAAAAAAUUCCAGCGCUUUGACCACCGAACGCUUGAAAUGCUGCUUUGCAGACGCUUUCGCCUCCAAAAGGAAGGAAUAAAAAUCGCACCCUCCGGGUUUCGUUUCCCAGCAAUCGGGCGGCCGCUCCCCCCGCACGCCUAGAAGUACUUUUCUCUUUAAUCAGGGAGGAUUGAAGAGCGCAACCCCCGUGGAAGACUGCCUCUGCGCAGGCGCAGCGUUGAUUUUAAGAAGGGGGGCCGUGAGGAGGGGCGCUGCACGGGGUCCUGUUGGUUGGCGUCGCCCGCCUCUUUCUCCAGCCGAAACGCCCCGCCUCGGAUGCCGUUGCCGCCCCUCCCCCUCUCCUUCUUCUCCUUCUCCUUCUUCUUCUCCUAUCAGGCGCGCGUCUGACGGGCCGUCGGAACCGGCUGCGAGGCAGGGCCGGAUGGAUGGAUCCCCGGGUUGCCUGGAUCCAGCCGGAGCAGAAAGGCCCCGCCAAUGCGCUCUGGAUGCAGAUCUGGGAGACCUCGCAGGGCCGGACCGGCGGCGGCUCUUCGACGUCCUCUCCGUCUUCGCCUGCCUUCCCGCCGACGGCCGCCCCCCGUUAUUCCUUUUGCCGGUUUAGCCCGGCGGCGGCGGCGGCGGCGGCGGCGCCUCCAUCGCCCAACUCCGAGGCCUCCGUUGCUGCUGGCGGACCUCUGUCAUCUCCUCAGCUGAUCUCCAAGCCGGCUUCCCUGCGCCUUCUCCCUGCCCAGAGCGCGGAAAGACGAGCGCCGCGCCUGCUGCUCCUACAGAAGGCCCCGGCGGCGUCCCUCUCUUCCUCCUCCUCCUCCUCUUCUUCCUCGGCCGAGUCUGGGGCUGACAGCCCCGGUGGUGGUUCUUCCUCGUCGCCGUCCUGCGUCCGGCCCGGACUUGGGGGGCCGCCGCCGGCCUCUGGCAAAAUCUUGGCAGGCGUCGCUGAAGCGAAUUCAACGAAGCAAGAAGAGCUGGAGGAGGGAGGAGGAGGAGGAGGAGGGCAGGCCCCGCGGGCCUCCGGCGUGGCCGUUACCGCCCCCUCCUCUCCCCAUCCCCAUUACUACCACCACCACCACCACCACUUCCACCACCACCAGUACCACCCGGGGCGCAGGAAACGAGAGAAUAAGGCCAGCACGUAUGGGAUGAACUAUCUGCUCUCGGGUGGCGGCGGUGGCGGCACCGUCCGCAGAGGGACCGGCCCAGCUGGCGAAAGCGGCCCCUGCUCUCCAGCCCAGGCCGGCUGCGCCCUCGCUCUAGGCACGCCUUGGAAAAGUAGGCAGUACAGCUCAGGUAUACAAGGGCUCCAUGAAGAAAUAAUUGACUUUUAUGACUUUAUGUCCCCAUGUCCUGAAGAAGCAGUUAUGAGACGAGAAGUUGUGAAAAGAAUAGAAACUGUCAUCAAAGAUCUUUGGCCUACAGCUGAUGUUCAGAUAUUUGGAAGUUUUAGUACAGGACUUUAUCUGCCAACAAGUGAUAUUGAUUUAGUGGUUUUUGGAAAAUGGGACAGCCCACCUCUCCAGCAGCUAGAACAAGCCCUAAGGAAACACAACGUGGCCGAGCCACAUUCGAUUAAAGUACUUGACAAAGCUACAGUACCAAUAAUUAAACUUACAGACCAGGCUACAGAGGUGAAAGUUGAUAUUAGUUUUAAUGUAGAAACUGGUGUGAAGGCAGCUCGACUUAUCAAAGACUACAUGAAGAAAUACUCAUUGCUGCCUUACUUGAUUUUAGUAUUAAAACAGUUCCUUCUUCAGAGGGAUUUGAAUGAAGUUUUUACUGGUGGAAUUAGUUCCUACAGCUUAAUUUUAAUGGCAAUUAGCUUCUUACAGUUGCACCCAAGAAUUGAUGCUCGAAGAUUUGAUGAAAAUCUAGGAAUGCUUCUAAUAGAAUUUUUUGAACUCUAUGGAAGGAAUUUUAAUUACUUAAAAACUGGUAUUAGAAUAAAAAAUGGAGGUGCCUAUAUUGCCAAAGAAGAAAUCAUGAAAACCAUGACUAAUGGAUAUCGACCAUCCAUGUUAUGCAUUGAAGAUCCCCUACUGCCUGGCAAUGAUGUUGGAAGAAGUUGUUAUGGUGCCAUGCAAGUAAAGCAGGUUUUUGACUAUGCCUACAUUGUUCUAAGCCAUGCAGUAUCACCACUUGCAAAAUCAUAUCCGAAUAGAGAUUCAGAAAGUACUUUAGGUAGAAUUAUUAAAGUGACAGAAGAAGUGAUCGACUACAGAGCAUGGAUUAAAAAAAAUUGGGGAAACAAAGCUAACUUUUCAUCUGAUCUUGAUGGUCAGCUGAAAGACAGAGAAUCAAUAUCUUCAGAGAGUGCAACCCAGAAUAGAGAUGCUGAAUUGCUUUACAACCAACCUUUGACUUUGUCAUUUACUGAUAUGCAACAAUUAUCAUCAGGUUCAUCUGCCUCUUCAGUAUCAUCUCUUUCUGGAAGUGAUGUUGAUUCUGAUACUCCACCUUGCACAACUCCUAAUAUAUACCACUUCAGCCUGCAAGCACCAUCUCCACUCACGGCUGGAAUACAUCCGGCAUUAACUAUGCCAAGUGGUAAAAAUCAGUCUGUGCCUGCAAGAGCAUUGAUUAUGGCCACGAAUAAUCAGCACAAUGGAGUGAAAUUUACUGUGAAAGGAGCUCAUAAUCAAGGCAGUGGAUACAAUUCUGCCAGUAAUGGAGCUGUAAGGCAGCCAGUUAGCAACAGAGGUCAUCACCAACACAACCGUAAUAUUUGGAGGAGAAAGAAGUACAGGGACAGUUUGCCUAUUAGCCUUAGCAGAUAAUGGCCAACUUCAGAAUCCUCUUUAGACUAAUGCAGUGUGUGUGAUACUGCUCUGGGAGGAUUUGAGACCAGCACUGAGUACAUCUGUCUGUGGAUGUUGCCAAAUAUCUGCAUCCAAUGUUUGCAUGUUUCGUGUGUGGUGGUGGAGUCCAUCUUAAAAAGAAAUAAUUGUGCUUAUCGUGAAGCCUUAUUAACUGUGGAAGUUUGUCUUCUGCCUAUCCAUGAUUAUUACAGUGCUGAAACAGCUCUGGUAAGAUUAUUGGGAGGACCAUAAACGCUGUGGCACUUUGCUGUAGCUGCAUUUGUUCAUAAUUGGUUGUUUUGUUUUCUUGGAAGGAUAAUGGGUUGCUUGAAUGUUACUUUCCAUUACAAAACUUUAUUUGUGGCAUUGUUCACCACCUUCCCAUUCCUUCUAAAAAUGGUUUUGUUGCCUUACUCACAUCAAACAUAACGUGCAAUAACUUGGAAUGUUUUAAUCAUGAAAAUCUUUAUGAAACUGAGGGUGUGCACAUAUGCACACAGAUCUGUUUAUGUCUGUAUGUGUGUGUGUGAGACAGAUAAUUUUUUUUUACAGAUCCUUUCCCAAGUUGCAUUUUCUAAGUUGGGUUCAUGUUUCUAGUGGAUUAGCUAAGCAAUCAAUUUUAACACAUCAAGCUAAUACUAUUGGAAGCUUCCUAAUUUGUAGAAGAACUGUUGGUCUGGCUUAAGUAUUUAUAAUAAUGAUUGAGUUAAAAGGCAUUUUAACUAGUUACCUUACUAGUCUGGCAUGUAAUGCUAAAUUCAAUCGUAUGAGAUAAAAUGCCAUCUAAUGCUCUUACAAAUCUCAUGUUUAGUGAGGAUCAUGUACAAAAAUUUGAAUCUUCAGCUUAUUUGCUACAGCUGGACAUAAAUUACUGUUAAAAUCAAGAUUGGUGUAUAUGUAUAUAUGUAUAUGUACAUGUACAUGUAUAAUGUAUAUGUAUAUGCAUAUUCAGAAAAGUGUCAGGGAUAUAUGUGUGUGUAUGUAAUGUGUGUGUGGUGGUGCGUGUUUAUAUAUCUCCCUGAUCCUUAACUGAAAAUUACAGAUACUGUACCAGUUCAUCAAUUAUAUUUACCUUCUGAUUGCUUGGGCCAUUGUUAAAUAAAGCAUCCAACUUGAAGAAUGUGGAGAAAGGAAUGUGUAGUGAUUCCAUUCAGGAAUCUGAUUAGCAGCCUGCAUUAGUUCUGUUGAGAGCAUCUACCUAAAAUGUAUCUUCUGGCUUCUCUAUGCAUUCUGAAGUGUUAGCCUCUUGUUUUGUAAAGACACAGCCCAUCCAGUGGUAUUGAGAUAAUCUGUACGGCAAGCAACUGAUUUAAAGAUGCAUACAGAUAUACUAUGCAAGUGUGUAUCAUCAUGGCAACAUAUUUGUUUUAUUUUAAAGCCCCAAAUUGUGUAUACAACCUACCCUGCAUUUAAAAAGUACCAUGUUUCUUAAUAUCACUUACUCCAUCUUUUUAUGCUUCCUUCCCCGCCCCUUCCCUUUGUUAAAAUACAGGUUCUUAAAAUUUGGAAAGCAUUGUGUUAAGUAAUUCUGCUUGAAGAAAUUCUGACAUCUUAAAUUGUACAUAGAAAUGAUUUUUUAAAGCAGUGAAUGUUUGACACAGAAUGGUUGAAAAUUGAUGUAGCACAUGCUAGAGAAUUUUUUUCAAAACAAAUGCAAGGCCUUUGAAUAUCAUGAGAGAAAAGAUUGCAACAUUCCAAAGCAGAGUAGCACAUAUUUUGACUACAAUUCAUCUUGAUCUAAUUUUAUCUUUUAAAUUGAUUGUAAGGUAAUCAGAAAGACAGGCAUAAAAUACAAGGUUUACUAUACUAAUCAGUAUCUGUAUGGAAAGAUAUAUAAAGUUUGCAAAUUUAAGGGAAAUAUGAACCUGAAAGUUACUGAAAACGUACAGUACGGUUGUAUCUCUACCUGCAAGUUGCCCUGUCAUACUCCUUAUCACAGAUUAUAUAUUAUUUCCUCUGGAAAUGACUCUUGAAUCUUAAAACUAUGUUCUAGAUAUACACUGGUUUUUAGGUCCCCAAUCCCAUACUGAAGCCCCUUAAGUAUGCUACCCACCUUUUAAAAAAAGCAUCUCCUCAAAAUUCCUUCUCCAAAGCAACAUUUGAUAAUAUCAACCUCUGAUUGUUAAUUCUUCAGGUGAACAGUAAUUGGAUAACAAAUAAAGAGCAAACAAACUGCGAAUUGCCAAAACUUCAGCUCUGCUUGAAAAUGGAAUCGAUGUUUUUGAUUAUUUUUCAAACCUUAUGAAAGGCUCAUAGUAGAAUUUGGUAUAGGAAGGGAUCGAAACUUGAAUAAACCAUUCAAGGGCUGAUUAUAAACCUAUAAUCGUUCUACAUGUUAGCAAUAUUGAUUCUGAAUCUACAUUAUUGAAAUAUUGAUGUUCUAAAUAGUUCCAUUCAAAAGCAGGAUAGACAUAAAAGAAGCAGAUACCAUGUUCCAUUCAGUCAUGAUUAACCAUAAAUUGCACUGGCUAUCAUGCUAGUUGUGUUCUAUGCCUCUGGAUGACUGCUAAAUAUCAUGUUCAUUUUUGUGUGUAAUAACAAUGUGGGAAGCUAAAAAUACAUAUUUUUAUGUGAAGUUUUGUAUUCUUUGAUUUUUAAUAAAUUUUCAAGGCAGGUAUGUCCGUGGUGUAAUGUAGCAUUCUUCAUCUGUCAUUGUGAUCUUUUUAUUUUCAUUCUGUUAUCACAAUUCUGUUUUAUAAUCCAAGCAAAAUUCCAUUUGAUCCAGUAUUUCAUGUAUUAGAGUGUCUAUCCAAAUCAUGCUAAGACAUUUAUAAAAAGAUAAUGAGAGAUAGCUAGCCCUUUUAGUGGUCUGAGAGAGAUUGUCUUUGAAUCUGGAUUGAGGUGGGCCAAUCAUGAUGUUACUUCAGGAUGUUACAAUCCUGAUGUUACUUUCCUUGAGGGUAAACCUCCACAAGGUUUUCUUUAAGAUUUUGGUAGCAUUUUUAUACAGUGUAACUUUGGGACUA